AUGGAUCGAAGACAUUCGCCUUUCUGCUUCUCACAGCUUAUAUCCGCCGCGCAGUACAUCGAGAAAGCACGGAAUGUUCCGGAUACUUGCCUCAUUAGCGACGAAAGCAGCGGCGAUUCAUUCGUAACUAAAGGUGUGUUAGGACAAAGUACGACAUGUUCCAUUGCGUCCACGUCAUCGUUGGGAUGUAUGUCGGAUCGGAGCUCAUCAAUCCCAUCACCACGACAUUUCCAAACACCUCCACCAGAAUAUAGCAAAAGACAUCGGCCAUAUCCUUCUGUAAACAAUGCACGUCACAGCAGAGCCGCUCACAAUGAACUGGAAAAGACACGUCGUGCUAAUCUUCGUGGAUAUUUGGAUAACUUGAAGGAUAUCGUUCCUUCAAGUUCCGACAAUGCCCGCAAUACAACCCUCUCUUUAUUAACUCGUGCUAGAGAUUAUAUUUUGGAACUGGAUAAACUUGUAAAAGGUGCGGAAGAGCGAAGGAAGCAGCUAGAAGAACGUCACUUGGCUUUGCAACUUAUGUUUCAAGGUUUACACCCUGAAAAGACCCUAACACAAGAAUCUCGUUCUGAAACUGCGAGUACAAUCUCAGCAGUUGACGAUAACGAUUGUGCUGUACUGUCAUCAUCUGCCUCUUCUUCCUCUUCACUGACAUUUUCUGACAACACUUCAUGCUUGGAUUUUGGUUCUAAAUUGUCAUUUUCAUCCAGUAACUCUUCACUGGUUAGCUCUCCUGUUCAUCCAUAUCCUCCAUUUGAUCCGUAUUUGAAUGGACUGCUACCAGCAUUACCAUUAUGUUAUCCCCGCAUUUCUAUGUAUCCUUACCUCGAUGUGCAACCCCUAUGA